UCCAUCACAUAAAACGGGAACAGGGGUUGUCGGCGUGGGAAGUGGAGUCUAAUUUUAGCGCCAAGUUAUAAGACAAAUAGAGGGGUUAAAAACAGAAAAGUCAACUAAACAUUGGGAUUUGAAAAUUGGAGUACAAUACAAUACAAACCUUAAAAGGAAGAGAAAGAUUAAGGUAAGCAAAGAGGUAGAUAGCAGUAGAAGGAAAAGACGGCCGGAUGAUGAAAGCCACUAUCUUCAGUAUCACUUUUCUCUUCCUUCUUCUUACAACAAUAACAACAGCGACAGCUGAUGAUGGGUGUUCCAAAUGCAAAGCAUGGCUGGUUCAAUCCAUUCCCACUGACAUGCCCAAACUCGCUCGUGUCCCUGGCGUUCUUUCUACCGCGGAUGUUCUUCAAUGGCUGGCUGGUAACUCUUCAAAGAGUUUGGACAUAAUUGCACAAUAUUGGCAAUUAGUACCACAUCCCUCUGAUCCUCGUUCAGGGGAUUAUGGAUACUCAAAAGAGGAUUUGCAGAGAUUUGGCGCUAAUGAAGGGUUGAAAGUCUACAAAGCAUUAGAAAAUGCUGCAAACCGUAAACUUCUAAUUAGGCUCUUACAGCAUUCUGGAGUUUAUCCCGAUUUCACGGAAGAACCAUCCAACUUAGCAUCAGGUAGGCCAAAUGUAAAGAAUGUGACAUUGCUGCUUAGCGACUGGUGGGGAUCAGGCGUAGUUCAUGCUAAAGUUUGGAUCUCAGACAGUAAAGAUGUUUAUAUUGGGUCUGCAAACAAUGACUGGAAAUCUCUUACUCAGGUAAAAGAAGUAGGAAUAUAUCUCACUGGUUGCUCAGAAAUAGCAGAAAAGGUUGAAAUCUACUAUAACAACCUUUGGAAGCUUGCCCACCUUGAUGUUUCAGCUUACACAAGAUCAAUUUUCGAUCAGCAGUGGCAGAUUAAUCGCAAGGUUCCAUGUUGGUCCCAUUUUAUAAAUCCUAAAGAAAGGUGCAGAUCACCACUUCCCAAGUACAUGGAAGUUGCUCAUGUCGCUGGCUACCCUGUAUUGUCAGACCCGCACAUGUCUCACAUUUCCAUAGAGACACCUGGACUCAAUGAUUCAUUUUCCGAUCGUCAACUCAGCUAUCUUUCAUUUGCUCCUCCAGAGCUCUUGUUUGGCAAGUACCAAACAGACGAACAGGCCUGGGUGGACACCAUUAAAUCAGUAGGAAAAGGGGGAACAGUCAGAAUCAACACCAUGGAUUGGCUUGGUCAGUCAGGCUAUAUAAAAAAAGAAACAGUUUAUUGGCCAUCGCUUUCCUCAGCUAUUUCAGAGGUUGUCUUCUCCAAGAGCGCAAAGGUUCAAAUACUGGUCGCAAAGUGGGCUCAUUUUAUAAACCACACGGAUCGGUAUCUGAAGUCCCUGCUUUACACCAACACCCUAUGCACUUCUUCAACCUACAACCACUGUUCUGGUAAAGUUGAGAUCAAGUAUUACAUCGUUCCAGGAUACAAUUCAACUGGACCUGCAGCACUUAAUGGUACUGCAACUGGGAAUAUUUAUCCUGGUUAUACGCGGGUCAAUCAUGGUAAAUAUGCAGUUAGUGAUGUGCGUGCACACAUAAGCACCAGCAACCUGGUGUGGGACUACUUUUAUACCACAGCAGGCGUUAGCUUUGGGACAUAUCAACCUGCCAUUGUUUCACAACUUCAAGAAAUCUUCAAUGCUGACUGGACGUCGCCAUAUACAGUGCCAGUCGAACCAUUGGAGGAAGGUCAUGCUUGUUCAAGCUGAUGAAAAAGAAAAAGAAGACAAGAUUUUCCCCGCUGUUCUUCUCUGAAGGUCUUGAAGCUUUUAUUUCUCUUUUUCUUUUUUUUUUUUACUCCAAGUAAUAGAAAUUAGCUACUUUUGGAAUUUAGGUCCUUACCAUUCAUUUCACUGGCCAUUACUUGCACAAUAUCUUUGACAAGUUGUUCAUCAAAUAAAUUUAAUAAAUUUGGUUAUGUGAUGUAGUACUCAA